AAUUUCAUCAACAGUGAUCGUCAAAGUAGUGAGAUGAAAGUGUCGAAACAGUCACCGGUGGUUCGAUCGCUUCAGAGUUAACAAUAUCUCAAUCGGUGCGGAGAAGUCUAGUCGGGAGGAAACGCGUGUUUCUAACAAUUUUCAACCUUACGAGCGCGAGGUGAACUUGCGCAGAAGCGUACAGCUGAUAGCUGCGCAAUAAAAGCCACGCUCAAUUCAAAGCGCAGUGAGAAAGUGUAACGAGGAACGUGCAGCACGUGGCGUCGCGUUAAAUUCAGUACAUACACGUACCUGAAUUAUAGAGUCUCGAGCUCUAAUUAACGUUGAUCAAAUGUUCCUAGUCGAUCCGUAUUCGUGAUACAUCGUCAAGUCGUUGCGCUAAAUUAAUUUUGACUAAAGAAAAAGCUAUUAUUGAUUGUCAUUGAGAAGUCGUGCCUUGUGUUUACGAAGCUGUUUUAACUACACGUGAAGCUAUAAGAGAGCAGAGUGGAAUUUAUUAAGUGAAUUGUCAAUAUUGUGAUCAAGAAAUAAUAACAUACGCCAGGAGGGGAAAAGGUCAUCAUGGUUGACUUCAUUACUUAUCCGGAAAUCUCGUACCUUUACGGCGAUCUUAUGAUGAACCGUGCUAUUCAAGUGAAACCGGCGGACAGUGAAAACCGCGGAGACAGAAAGCUGUUCGUGGGAAUGCUAAGCAAGCAACAGACAGAAGAGGAUAUCAGACAGUUGUUCGCCGCAUUUGGUACAAUAGAAGAGUGCACGAUCCUACGAGGACCAGACGGUACCAGCAAAGGCUGUGCAUUUAUUAAAUUUUCGUCGCAUCAAGAAGCACAAGCGGCGAUCAACACUCUACACGGUAGCCAAACUAUGCCGGGUGCGUCAUCCAGCUUAGUGGUAAAGUACGCCGACACAGAGAAAGAGAGACAAUUGAGACGCAUGCAGCAAAUGGCUGGAAACAUGAGCCUCCUCAACCCGUUCGUCUUCAACCAGUUUGGCGCCUAUGGCGCGUAUGCUCAGCAGCAGGCAGUUCUUAUGGCAGCAGCCACCGCACAGGGUACUUAUAUCAACCCAGCAAUGGCCGCCCUCGCUGCUGGUCAACUGCCUCACACGCUGAACGGCAUGCCGAACUCCGUAGUACCGCCGACUUCAGGUGCAGGUGCGGGGCAACCGGUCAAUGGGGCGAUACCUUCGCUACCUUCACCCACGAUGCCGAACUUCAACAUGGCAGCGCAGACGCCGAACGGCCAACCCGCUGGCUCGGACCCAGGAGUCUACACCAACGGGAUACCCCAGACAUACGCGGGACAUGCCCUUCAUUUGUCCAUUCCAGCCCAGGGACUGCCCAACGGGGACGCGGCGCUGCAGGCGCACGCCGCCGCAUAUCCGACCAUGCAGCCCUACGCCGGAGUCGCUUACCCAGCCGUCUAUGGACAGUUUCCACAAGCGAUUCCGCAGCCGAUGACCGCGGUACCUCCAACGCAGAGAGAAGGAUGCUCUAUCUCAGGACCCGAGGGCUGCAACCUGUUUAUCUACCACCUGCCCCAAGAGUUCGGCGAUACGGAGCUUAUGCAGAUGUUCAUGCCGUUUGGGAACGUCAUUUCAUCAAAGGUCUUCAUCGAUCGCGCCACCAACCAAAGCAAAUGCUUCGGCUUUGUCUCAUUCGACAACCCGGCGAGUGCACAGGCGGCCAUCCAGUCGAUGAACGGCUUCCAGAUUGGGAUGAAGCGGCUGAAGGUCCAACUGAAAAGGCCCAAGGAUGCCAACCGGCCAUACUAACCCACGUCCUAGCCUAGACAAUCUGGCCGGGUCGCGCCCUACGUCAUAAGCUACAGGAUGCUGCACGAUAGAGCGAGCCCUACGGACGCUCGACGAUCAGAUGUGAUGAGUUUGAAUCAUCGCUGCGAUGUUCCCCACCGUAACAACCUAGUAUACUAGUUAGUUAAUUCUUAGAGGUUAGUAGAAAGCUUAAUUAUUACCUACCCAAGGAUGACACAAGGGUCGAGGAGGAAUGUGGAAUUAGGAUAUGGGAAGAUUAUUUAUAUCACAUAUACCACUACCAUAUUAAUAAAUAAUUAUACUCUCAUA